AUGCGUAUUAAUACGUACGGUAUUCGUAGUCAAUUGAAAGCCUUUGCUGACAGAAAUACCAUUUUCGGUUGGGUCGAAUGGAAACAACGAAUUUCAGUUUAUGCUGAAUUUCAUUGUCAUCGAACAAUCGAUUUAAGUCUAGAUGAAGAAUAUAUGGCUGAUCAAGCGUCAAAAUACAUCUUUUCCAUACAAUCGCACAACUGCAGAGAUCAAAGACUUAAACAAGAUAAAAGCUCAAAAUCGCCUCCUCAUUCUUCAUUAUCUACACCUUCAUCAAGUGAAUCAUGUUCAAAAUCUGCCAAAGAUUUAUUAAAACGAUUAACAACUAAAGAGGUAAAAACGCGGCUCGAACAAACACGUUAUAAUGAUUUAGCUGAAAGCUGGUUUACACAGAAUGUGAAUGGCCAAGAAUUACUUCAAAUCAGCAGGACAGGGUGCUUGAUAAACGGCACAUUCAUGUUAUCUCUAUAUGAUUCAAUUAAGUUUAAAGAUAUGUUAAAUCGUUUCGAACUAGAACUUGAAUGA